GCUUUAGCCCCCACACGCCAGUGGGGCAGGUCUCUGUCUGACUCUGCUGCGGAUUUUGAUAGCAGCGCCCCCUAUAUAAAGCCGGCAGCCGGUGGUGAGCGAGCGCAUUAGCACCGGCACCCCGGCACGGAAUAGUUCGAUACCAAGGGAUCCCCUCCGUCGAAUCCUUUUUUACUUUUACGUCUCGUCCGUCUCAAGAAAUCCACAAAAAAACAAAAUGUGCGACGAUGAAGUAGCAGCGUUGGUUGUUGACAACGGAUCCGGUAUGUGCAAGGCUGGAUUCGCCGGAGAUGACGCCCCUCGCGCCGUCUUCCCAUCCAUUGUCGGUCGCCCCCGUUACCAGGGCAUCAUGGUGGGUAUGGGCCAGAAGGACUCGUACGUCGGUGAUGAGGCCCAAUCCAAACGUGGUAUCUUGACCGUCAAGUACCCGAUCGAGCACGGCAUCGUCACCAACUGGGAUGACAUGGAGAAGAUCUGGCACCACACCUUCUACAAUGAGUUGCGUGUCGCCCCCGAGGAACACCCCGUCCUCCUUACCGAGGCCCCCCUCAACCCUAAGGCCAACCGUGAGAAGAUGACCCAGAUCAUGUUCGAGACCUUCAACACACCGGCCAUGUACGUCGCCAUCCAGGCCGUGCUCUCCCUGUACGCCUCUGGUCGUACCACCGGUAUCGUGCUCGAUUCCGGCGAUGGUGUCUCCCACACUGUCCCCAUCUACGAAGGUUACGCCCUUCCUCACGCUAUUUUGCGUCUGGAUCUCGCUGGCCGCGAUCUGACUGACUACCUGAUGAAGAUCCUGACUGAGCGCGGUUACUCUUUCACCACCACUGCCGAGCGUGAAAUCGUUCGUGACAUCAAGGAGAAACUCUGCUACGUCGCUCUGGAUUUCGAACAGGAGAUGGCUACUGCCGCUUCUUCCACUUCAUUGGAGAAGUCGUACGAGCUUCCCGACGGUCAGGUCAUCACCAUCGGCAAUGAGCGGUUCCGUUGCCCCGAGGCCCUCUUCCAGCCCAGCUUCUUGGGUAUGGAAUCUUGCGGCAUCCACGAGACCACUUACAACUCGAUCAUGAAGUGCGACGUCGACAUCCGUAAGGAUCUGUACGCCAACACUGUCUUGUCUGGAGGCACCACCAUGUACCCAGGCAUCGCUGACCGCAUGCAGAAGGAGAUCACUGCUUUGGCUCCAUCCACCAUGAAGAUCAAGAUCAUCGCUCCCCCCGAGCGCAAAUACUCCGUCUGGAUCGGUGGCUCCAUCUUGGCCUCCCUCUCCACCUUCCAGCAGAUGUGGAUUUCCAAACAAGAGUACGACGAGUCCGGACCUUCCAUCGUCCACAGGAAAUGCUUUUAAAC